UUUUUCAUACUUUUUUUUUUCUUAUGAUAUGAAUCUUUCUUAUGGCUUCAAAUAAAUCGAAAACCAUUAUGGAUUUUACAAAGUUUACUAUGGAAGAUGGAAGAGUGGUAAGUACUACGAGUAGAGUUUGUACAGAUGUGAAACCAUUAGCCUUUCAUACAGCCACAGAUGAUGAAUUUUGGUGUAAAGAUCAUCCAGAUUUACCAAACAUGGAAUUCAUUAAACAACACUUUAUUCAAGAAGGACGAUUAAGUGAAAAACAAACAUUAAAAGUAUUACAUGCAGCACACAAGAUUUUACAUAAUGAGCCGAAUCUAUUACGUAUCCCAGCACCAUUGACGAUAUGUGGAGAUAUACAUGGACAAUAUUAUGAUUUGAUGAAAUUAUUUGAAGUUGGUGGCGAUCCUGUUCAUACCAAUUAUCUUUUCUUGGGUGAUUAUGUUGACCGUGGUUAUUUUUCCAUUGAAUGUUUUUUGUAUCUAUGUGCUUACAAGAUGUGGUAUCCUGAUACAUUUUACUUAUUACGUGGUAAUCAUGAAUGUCGUCAUUUGACGGAUUACUUUACUUUCAAAUUGGAAUGUGAAAAAAAGUAUUCUAGAAAAGUAUACGAUGCUGUCAUGGAAUGCUUUGAUGCUCUUCCAUUAGCUGCUGUUGUAAAUAAUCAAUUCCUUUGUGUACAUGGUGGAUUGUCUCCCGAUCUGAAAACGUUACGUGAUAUUGAAAAGAUCAAUCGUUUCAGAGAAAUUCCAACAAACGGGUUGAUGUGUGAUUUAUUAUGGGCUGAUCCUUAUGAAGAUUUUGAUAGUGACAGUAAUCCAAAGUUCGAGCAUAAUCAUGUACGUGGAUGUUCUUACUUUUUUAGUUAUCAAGCAGCAUGUGUUUUUCUGGAAAAGAACAAUCUUUUAUCCGUCAUACGAGCACAUGAAGCACAAGCCAAUGGUUAUCGGAUGUAUCGCAAGAGCAAGGACACAGGUUUCCCAGCACUCAUGACCAUCUUCUCAGCACCGAAUUAUAUUGAUGUGUAUGGCAACAAGGCCGCCGUAUUACGAUAUGAUAAAAGUGUUCUCAAUGUUCGACAAUUCAAUGCAAGUCCUCAUCCUUAUUGGCUACCCAACUUUAUGAAUGUCUUCAACUGGAGUUUACCAUUUGUUGGAGAAAAGAUCACGUCCAUGCUCUUGGCUAUUCUCAAUAUUUGUUCGCGUGAAGAACUUCAAGCUACCACUCCUGAAACACCAACAACACCUACUGAUACCGAUCAACGACGACAAAUCAUUAAGAACAAGAUAUUGGCCAUUGGGAAAAUGUCUCGAGCUUUUUCUGUCUUGAGAGAAAAUGCGGAAUUGGUUAUGGAAUUGAAAAGUAAAUGUGAUACUGGCAAAUUACCAGCUGGCACCUUGGAAUUAGGUGCUGAAGGUAUACGUAGAGCCAUCACUUCCUUCGAAGAAGCUCGACGAUCAGAUAUCGAAAAUGAACGAUUACCACCUACAACACGUGAAAUGGAUGAAGCUAUGACGACGGAAAUCACUUCGAGUAAGUUACGUGAUGCUGCUCAACAGGAUGAUUCAGCAUUGGAGAAAAUAGCAGAUGUCAUCAUCGCUCCACCGAAAAAUGAUCAUCAAUCCUCAAAAUCAAGUACUGGGUUCUCAUUGUAGGUUUUAUAUGUAUAUGUGGACCCCAUAUAGUUAUAUAAAUAAAUAGUUUAGAUGCCAUAUAUCAACGAAAUAAAAAUAGGAUUAUCCAC